AUGUAUGAACAUGGAGGUCGUGCAGGCUGGAGGCCUCGGUCGGAGGGGAGGGAGAGGCAGCAUCCAGGGGACAACGUGCCAACUGCCAAGCAACUAGCCGACACUGGCUACAAGACCUCCUCCACCUCCACGAUGCUCCUCACUGUUUACGGGGGCUACCUCUGCAGUGCCCGAGCCUACCGCUAUUUCCAGCGGCACAGCUCCCAGCGCCAGGCUGCAGAAGAACAGAAGACCUCGGGAGUCCCCAUCUGCCUCUGA